AUGAUUUAUUCAGCAAAGCAAAAAACACAUGGUGCAAAGCUGUACUCGAGACAAACAGAUUACAACUACUCAAAAGGAAGGUUCCAGCUUCGGUUCCUUCCCACGGGUGAUCUCGUGCUUAACACCAUUGCUCUCCCAACAGAUUUUGCAUACGGUAAUUACUAUCACAGCAACACUUCCGAUGGUCUAAACGGCAUGAAUUCCGGGUACAAGGUAGUCUUUAACGAGUCGGGCUAUCUUUAUGUCAUUAGAAGGAAUGGGAAUGAAGUGAACCUCACAUUCGGAAAUAUUGCUUCAACCGGAGAUUUCUACCACCGAGCAACACUUGAUUUUGAUGGGAUCUUCACCCUAUACGCCCACCCCAAGGCUCCAAGGAAUGGGACUUGGGUCCAGCCGUGGUUUAGCGUUUGGUAUGAGCCCAAAGACAUCUGUGCUGAUAUGACAGGAGAUGAAGGAGAGGGGGCUUGUGGGUACAAUAGUAUUUGCAUACUUGACUCCUUCGGAAGGCCCACUUGUGAAUGCCUCCCUGGAUUCUCCCUUGAGGACCCUAACAACAAGUUAAGUGGCUGCAAACAAGAUAAGGUUAGAAAAUGCGAGCCAGGUGGUUCAAAUCCAAAGCAAUUGUUUGAGAUUCAUGAGCUACCUAAUACAUUUUGGCCUUUUUCUUCAAACUAUGAGAGGUUCCCAUUAUCAAGUGAAGAUGAAUGCAGCAGAUCUUGCUUCACUGAUUGUAACUGUGUGGUGGCUACAAUCAGAGAUGGAACUUGUUGGAAGAAGAAAUUGCCAUUGUCCAAAGGAAGGUUGGAGCGGAACACCUACGGAAAGGCUCUAGUCAAAGUUCCAAAGUCUGAUGAUUCUUCCGAAUUCCCACUUUCUCCGAAUAAAGAUGAAGGGAAGAAAGAUCAAACUCCGAUACUGAAAAAACAGAAACCAACUCGAGAAUCAAGUUUAUUGGAAACCAAUAUUAGGUCUUUCACGUAUAAGGACCUCAGAGAUGCCACAGAUGAUUUUCGUGAAGAGCUGGGAAGAGGUGCUUUCGGCACUGUAUACAAAGGGGUCAUUUCUUCUUCAAGUUCAAGAAGAGAAGUAGCAGUCAAGAAGCUAGACAAGUUGAUACAAGAAGGGGAAAAAGAAUUCACAACGGAGGCAAUUGCAAUAGCCAAGACCCAUCACAAAAACCUAGUCCGACUGCUUGGAUUUUGCGAUGAAGGGCCACACAGGCUAUUGGUUUACGAAUACAUGAGUAAUGGCACGUUGGCAAGCUUUGUUUUCAGAAUUUCGAAGCCUGACUGGAACAUACGGAUCCAAAUGGCAGUUGGGAUUGCAAGGGGACUCAUGUACUUACACGAGGAGUGCAGCACACAAAUCAUCCACUGUGAUAUAAAGCCUCAAAACAUUCUGCUUGAUGAUUCAUUCACGACAAGAAUUUCAGACUUUGGAUUAGCAAAGCUUCUGAUGGGAGAUGAAACUCGGACUCAAACGGCCAUUAGAGGGACCAAAGGAUACGUUGCCCCAGAAUGGUUCAGAAGUAAACAUAUUACGGCAAAAGUGGACGUUUAUAGCUAUGGGGUCAUGUUACUCGAGAUCAUUUGUUGUAGGAAGAAUGUUGAAUUGGAAAGGGAGAAUGAAGAGGACAUAAUUCUGACUGAUGUGGUAUACGAUUACUACAAACAUAGAAGGUUGGCAAUUCUGGUGGAGAAUGAUGAAGAGGCGAGAAACGACAUGAAAAGGGUGGAGAGGAUAGUGAUGGUGGCGAUUUGGUGCAUCCAAGAGGAUCCGUCUUUACGGCCCACCAUGAAGACGGUUCUACAAAUGCUCGAAGGAGUUGUUGAAGUUUCAGUGCCCCCAUCUCCUUAUCCCUUCAGCUCAAUUUGUUGAAUCUACCAUUUAUGUGAGAAUACAAUCGACUGUAGCUAUGUUACCCAGAAAGCGGAUUAUGAGGAUCGAAGAAUGGAACAGGAACGUGCCUCAUGUCCUGAAUUAAGCAUGAUAAGGCUUUUGUAGAGCAGAAAAUUUGAAUGUCAUUCUUGUAAUCUGUAAAACACACUUUUAAUACCAGAAUAUAGUUUUUCAUGUUAGUGGCACCAAGACAAUGCACAUCAUCAACCAGUACUUUCAAA